CCCCGGCCCCAGCCCCAGCUCCAGCAGCAGGCCCUGAUGAUCGCCCCGACGUUCAGCUCUGCCCCCCAGACCAGGAUCAUCCAGCAGCCCCUCAUCUACCAGAACGCCGCCACCAGCUUCCAAGUUCUCCAGCCUCAAGUCCAGAGCCUGGUGACAUCCUCCCAGGUCCAGCCAGUUGCCAUCCAGCAGCAAGUGCAGACUGUGCAGGCCCAGAGGGUGCUGACCCAGGCUGCCAACGGCACCAUCCAGACCUUAACCCCAGCCACUGUCCAGACAGUUGCUGCCCCACAGGUCCAGCAAGUCCCAGUUCUGGUCCAACCUCAGAUCAUCAAAACAGACUCCCUGGUCUUGACAACCCUGAAGGCAGAUGGUAACCCUGUGGUGGCUGCAGUACAGAACCCAGCCCUGACAGCACUCACCACUCCCAUUCAGACCACAGCUCUGCAGACCCUUGUUGGGAGCAACGGGACCAUUUUGACCACGAUGCCAGUGAUGGUGGGACAAGAAAAGGUGCCUAUCAAACAAGUUCCUGGGGGUGUCAAGCAACCAGAACCACCUAAAGAAGGAGAGAGGAGAACAACUCACAACAUCAUUGAAAAGCGUUAUCGGUCCUCCAUCAAUGACAAGAUCAUUGAGCUGAAGGACCUUGUCAUGGGGACAGAUGCCAAGAUGCACAAGUCUGGAGUCCUCAGAAAAGCCAUUGAUUACAUUAAGUACCUACAGCAGGCCAACCAUAAGCUGAGGCAGGAGAACAUGGUUCUGAAGCUGGCUAACCAAAAAAACAAGCUGUUGAAAGGCAUUGACCUAAGCAGCCUGGUUGACAACGAUGUGGAUCUGAAGAUAGAUGACUUCAACCAGAAUGUACUGCUGAUGUCUCCUCCAGCUUCUGACUCGGGAUCCCAGGCUGGCUUCUCUCCAUAUUCCAUUGAUUCAGAGCCAGGAAGCCCACUCCUUGAUGAUGCAAAGGUUAAAGAUGAGCCUGACUCUCCUCCCGUGGCCCUGGGCAUGGUGGAUCGCUCUCGAAUACUCCUCUGUGCCCUCACAUUCCUCUGCCUGUCCUUCAACCCCCUGACAUCCCUGCUGGAGGCCCGAGGAGCCCCAGAGCCCGACCCCCUUGUGCGGCACGGCUCCGGCAGGAGCGUGCUGACCAUCCAGUCAGAUGGAGGCAGUUGGUUUGGCUGGAUGAUGCCCACGCUGAUCCUGUGGCUCGUGAACGGGGUGAUUGUGCUGAGUGUGUUUGUGAAGCUCCUGGUGCACGGGGAGCCCGUCACCCGCCUGCACUCCAGGUCCUCGGUCACCUUCUGGAGGCAUCGCAAGCAAGCAGACCUGGAUUUGGCACGGGGAGAUUUUGCCGCCGCCGCCUCCCACCUGCAGAGCUGCCUGUCGGCCCUGGGCCGAGCCCUGCCCGCCUCCCGCCUGGACCUGGCCUGCAGCCUCUCCUGGAACCUCAUCCAGUACAGCCUGCAGAAGCUGGCCCUGGUCAGGUGGCUCCUCAAGAGGACCUCUCACCAGCGGCGUCGGGAGGCCACCGCCGGCUCUGAGGACGAGGCCAAGACCAGCGCUCGGGACGCGGCCCUGGCCUACCACAAGCUCCAUCAGCUCCACAUAACGGGUAAACUGCCCUCCAGCUCAGCUUACUCGGGCUUGCACAUGGCCCUGUGUGCUGUGAACCUGGCCGAGUGUGCAGAGGAGAAGAUCCCACCCAGCACCAUGGCAGAGAUCCACCUGACAGCUGCAGUUGGCUUGAAGACCCGCUGUGGAGGCAAGCUGGGCUUCCUGGCGAGCUACUUCCUCAGCCAGGCUCAGAGCCUGUGCAGCUCAGAGAGGAGUGCCAUCCCCGACUCGCUGCGUUGGCUCUGCCACCCCCUGGGACAGAAGUUCUUUGUGGAGAGGAGCUGGACAGUGAAGUCUGCCACGAAGGAAAGCCUGUACUGCACCCAGAGGAACCCUGCUGAUCCUAUUGCCCAAGUUCAUCAGGCCUUUUGUGAGAACCUGCUGGAGCGAGCUGUGGAUGCCCUGGUGAAACCUCAGGCAAGGAAGGAAACAGCAGGCCAAGAGGAGGAGGAGCCCUGUGAGUUCUCCAGUGCCAUGGAGUACCUGAAAUUGCUCAACUCUUUCUUGGACUCCAUGGGAAGUGGAGCCCCACCUUUUGCCAGCAAUUCUGUCCUGAAGUCCUCCCUGGGCCCCGACGUGGUGUGCAGGUGGUGGUCGGCAGCAGUGGCCACGGCAGUCAGCUGGCUGAGGGGCGACGACGCGGCGCUGAGGGCGCACUUCGCAGACGUGGAGAGGGUGCCCAAACCCCUGGAGCUGUCAGAAAAUGCCCUGGUGAAAGCCACCUUCUACCUGUGUAAAGCCAUGCAGGCCUCGCUGUCUGGGAAGGCAGAUGGGCAGCAGAGCUCUCUGGGGCACUGUGAGAGGGCCAGCAGUCACUUGUGGAACAGCCUCAACAUGAGCAGCAGUGUCUCCAGCACUGUCCUCAACACUAUGAUCCAGCUGCUGGCCUGUGACUUGCUGCUCUCUCUCCGCACCAGCCUGUGGCAGAAGCAGAAGCAGGCGAAUGCCAGGCAGGCCCUGGGUGAGACCUACCACGCCUCUGCCCCCGAGCUGACGGGCUUCCAGCGGGACCUGGGCAGCCUGCGCAAGCUGGCCCACGGCUUCAGGCCCGCCUACCGCAAGGUUUUCCUCCACGAGGCCACCGUGCGCCUGAUGGCGGGUGCCAGCCCCACCCGCACCCACCAGCUGCUGGAGCACAGCCUGAGGCGGCGCACGCCCCAGAGCAGCAAGCAAGGUGAGCCCCAGGGCCCGGGCACCCACCCGCUGCCUGGGGGACUGGGAGGGAGCAGCUCUUGGCCCACCCGCCGGGCCGGUCCCCCCCUGCCCCUCUCCUUCCUCUCCUCCCCGGGGCAGCGGGCGGUGCUGCUGGCCGAGGCUGCCCGUACCCUGGAGAAGGUGGGGGACAAACGCUCCUGCAACGACUGCCAGCAGAUGAUUGUCAAGCUGAGCGGGGGCACGGCCCUCGCCGCCUCCUAA